CCAACCGGGUAGUACGCAUAGCGCUGAAUAGUGAAGCACGCUUCAAAGUUGUAUAUUGCGUAUGAUCAACAGGAAAUAGCAAUAGCAAUAGCAAUAGCAAUAGUGUGUAUUUAUGUUGGUAUGUCCCAUACACCAGGAAUGGUUUAUUUUAUUUUAUCAAUUUUAUUUUAUUGUGCGACUGUGAUGAGUAGAAUCUGUAUCUUCCCCACUCCAUUUUGGCUCUGAGCUGCCCAAUUGAAUGCUAGUCUGAUACAUUUUAGCUACUGGCAUAUGAAUUAACAAGACUACAUACGUUUGUGCUAUUCACAGGCUCUUGGUACUUCUCUAAAGUUAGCUGUUGGAUAUAAUAUUAUCUUGAUACUGUUUUCGACGAUUUUGAUAGCUAAAUGUAAGCUAACAGUACUGGCAAUGCAGAAGACACCCAUGUGAUGGUCUUGGCGAUAGAGAAACAGGAAGAUUGAGAUGACUGUCCACAACUUGUACAUCUUUGACCGAAAUGGCACCUGUCUGCACUACAGCGAAUGGAAUCGGAAGAAGCAGGCUGGAAUCUCCAAGGAGGAGGAGUAUAAACUGAUGUAUGGGAUGCUGUUCUCCAUACGCUCUUUUGUCAGCAAGAUGUCUCCUCUCGACAUGAAAGAUGGUUUUCUGGCUUUUCAGACCAGCCGCUACAAGCUGCAUUACUAUGAGACGCCCACUGGGGUGAAAAUAGUGAUGAACACUGACCUGGGUGUGCCCAACUGCAGGGACGUCCUGCAUCAGAUCUACAGCACGCUGUAUGUGGAGUACAUUGUGAAGAACCCCCUGUGUGCUCUGGGGGAGACUCUACAGAGUGAGCUCUUCAGCAGCAGGCUGGAGUCCUUCAUUCGAGCUCUGCCUUUCUUCAGCGCUCGGGCUGGCUGAAAGGGUGAGGACGAGCAGGAAGAGGAAGGAUGAGGAGCACUGGGAAUGCCAAACUACUCCCAUCCUUUCCCCCUACUGCCCUGUGCAACCAGUGAACACUGGGGAUGAGCGGUUGUAUUUGGAGCAGAGAGCAGUAGGGAGUGAAAGACUGAGGAGUUUGGAUAGAGAGUGAGAGAGAGUGAGACUGAGUGAACUGUGGGUUUACUGGUUGGAAAAGAGAACCUCAGGGUGGAGGGGAAGGGGGGCAUUUCUCAAAUAUAUGACAUUGGCAAAUACAUACAGAGGCACGAGAUGGACAAUGUGACACAGAUUGACAAAUGUACACAAAAUGAAACGGGGACUCACACAGAUUUGCAGAGGCAUACUGUUUCUACUUAUUUAUUUUACAUGCCCCCUAAAGACAUCAAAUAAAUAUGUAAAAUAUG